GGAGGAAAGAAUGUCGAAGCGUAAAGAAGAAAAAAAGUCCUCGUUGAGCGUGGAGCUAGAGACUCGUCAGAAGCUAGAGUGAUCCUAAUGUUCAGAGCAGUGCGCGCGGACACACUCUAGAGGACUAUCAGGAGACUGUACACAGUCAGGAUGCAGGCGCGUUACUCGGUGUCCAGUCCCAACUCACUGGGUGUAGUGCCUUAUAUCAGCAGCGAGCAGAGCUAUUACCGGACCGGCGGAGGCGGCUAUACGGGAAUGCCAGCUCCCAUGACCAUGUACUCCCAUGAGCAGUACCCUGCCGGCAUGGCGCGCGCCUAUGGCCCCUACACGCCUCAGCACCACCAGCCCAAAGACAUGGUGAAGCCGCCCUACAGCUACAUCGCGCUGAUCACCAUGGCCAUCCAGAACUCUCCCGAGAAGAAGGUCACACUGAAUGGCAUCUACCAGUUUAUUAUGGAGCGUUUUCCCUUUUACCGGGACAACAAGCAGGGCUGGCAGAACUCCAUUCGCCACAACCUCAGCCUUAACGAGUGCUUCGUUAAAGUGCCACGUGAUGAUAAGAAGCCAGGCAAAGGCAGCUACUGGACCCUGGACCCGGACUCGUACAACAUGUUUGAGAACGGGAGCUUUCUACGACGCAGAAGGAGAUUCAAAAAGAAGGACGUGCUGCGCGAGAAGGAAGAGCGAGAUUCACGGCAGAAGGAGCCCCGGGCGCAGAGUCGGGACCAAGAUGUUCCGGGCUCACAGCCUGUUCGGAUCCAGGACAUUAAGACUGAGAACGGGAGCUGUACGCCGCCGCAGGCCACGUCCCCUGCUUUACACGCGGUGCCAAAGAUAGAGAGCCCAGACAGCUCCAGCUCCAGCGGUGCUUCAACAGGCAGCCCGUCCGCGCGCUCAUUGAGUAUGGACGAGCAGCAGCACGCGCAUAACCAGGCCACGGUACAGGGGUUUUCUGUGGACAACAUCAUGACCUCACUGCGAGGUUCCCCUCAUGCUGACAUGUCACCGCCACUCGUGGCAUCAUCGCGCACAGGUAUGUCUCUGUCCCUGAGCUACUCACCCGUACAGACAUACAGCAGUCCCACGCCAUGUGCGCAGAAUGUAAUCACAAACUCUAGUAGCGGCACAUAUCACUGCAACAUGCAGGCCAUGAGCCUUUACGCAGGCGUGGAACGAGCGGCCAGCAUCCCCCCGACCACCGCGGCUCUGGAUGAGGCCUUACCCGAGUACUGUGUGACCACCACGGCCAACAGCAGCCCCAGCAGCCUGAGCCAAGAACACCUCCCACACCACGCGCACCAAGGUCGGAUCACGUCCUGGUACGGAGACCUGGGCCACCUGAGCUACCCAACCUCACAGCAGCAGAACUUCCACGCGAUGAACGGGAGUAACAGCUGCCAAAUGGGCUUUCCGGGACCCGGACAGUCUCUGUACCGUGCGCCAGGGGCCUUCGUCUAUGACUGCAGCAAGUUCUGACAUACGCGCAUGUAAUGCUUGCGCACCCGCUCUGUAUUUUUACUGUUUAUGGACAAGAGUUUUGAAUACAAGACGUGUUUCACCUAGGACACGUAAGUCUCUCUGCUUUAUUCCAAACAGUUACAGACUGUAAAUUAAUCUUAAUAGUAAUUUAUUUUAAAUGGAAGGGAGUGGUCAGAGACUCGGAGGACCAAAUACUUUAUAAUGUCUCUGCAGUCACACUAUGAACUAAGUGCCUAUUGUUGUAUAGAAAUAGACGGACUGUGUAGCUCAGUAUUUUAUUCACUCUGUUCAUGUUCAAAAGGCAUUACAUUAUGUUUCUUAAUAAAGCG